AUGGAAUCAAAAUUAUUCACUCCAGAGAAUGAUGAACAAUUAAUAGCACUUGUUCGUGAUCACCCUGUUUUAUACAAGUUAAAAGACAAGAACUAUAGAGACAAUAACAUAAAGGAUAAUGUUUGGAAAGAAAUUUCAUUUAGUAUCGGAAAAAGUGCUAAUGAUUGCAAGACACGAUGGAGAACUAUUAGGGACUCAUACAAAAAAACUUUAAAAAAAAUGAAAAUGGGUACUGGUUCAGCUGCAAAAAAUAAAUCAAAAUACAAUGAUGACGCAUUAAGCUUUUUGAACGAACAAGAAGAGGAGAGAAGGUAA